AUGGACUUGCUAAAAAGACACGGCGACCAUGGACAUGGACACAAGGAGGAAGGUCACGGCCACGGCCAUCAAAGCGAAGAUGGAUUGAGACAGCACUUCCUUGCAUGCCUUUACUGGUAUGUCUUGGCGACACUGCUGAUAAUAGCUGCUGUCUCACGCGGUGUCUCAAUAUUUGUUGCUAAACAAAGGAUAAAGAGGAGAGAUUUGGGGGCCAGUUCAGAUACGGGAUUCACCACCAUUGAGAAAUGGAUUGAAGCUCCGAAGAGAGUGAUUGGGGGACCUGCUUGGUUCGCGACAUUACCAGUACGAAAAACGCUCGUUGUGGUCGUUUAUGCUGCCUUUGUCGCAUUGCUGGUUAUUUACAAGGCUAUCAAGCAUGACGGCAAUUUUCACGAGCGUAUCGCUUUUCGCGCGGCUUGGAUUACUGCGACACAGACGUCCCUACCGUUUCUUCUAGCACUGCGCGUCAAUCCAAUUGGAUUACUGCUCGGAACUUCAUACGAGAGGAUAAACUGGUUUCACAGAUGGGCAUCCCGGAUCUUCUUCGCCAGCGCAACCAUCCAUGGCGGCUUCUUCACGUACGAGUGGCUUGCAGCCAACUUCUUCUGGACAGAAGUCAAGACGGUAAAAAUGGUCCUUCCCGGAAUUGGAGCGUGGUUCAUUCUCGCGUGGACGGUCAUUUCGACAAUCCCUUUCUUUCGACGGAUUAAGUACGAGCUUUUUGUCGUGCAGCAUAUUAUCUCUGUGGUACUACUCCUGGCCUUUCUAGUCCUGCACGUUCCAGACCAUCACCUAUUCAGUAUCUGGUGCGCCGUGGGCGUCUUUGCAUAUGACGUUGUAACACGCUCGGCAAAUCCGAUCUGGCGGAAUUUACGACUGCGGCUUUCGGCGAAUCCUUCUGUGCGAUAUGCGUACGAUGCUCAGGUUGAAGCUAUCGAUUCUGAAUUGACGGUCAUGACGAUACGGAAUGUUGGGUUCAAGUGGAUUCCUGGACAGCAUGUGUUGAUUUGGUCGCCUGUCUUCAAGUGGGAGACGCCACAUCCGUUUACUAUUGCGAAUAUUCCUGAUCCUCAAACGAAGAACCAGGAUUUGCAGCUGACGAUCAAGACGAAGACUGGAUUGACGAGGGAUUUGAACGAUUGGGCGCGAAGAACGGGUCUGAGAGGCGAUAAUGGGAGUUUGCGAGUGCUCGUCACGGGACCCUUUGGCGUGGUACCGAAUUGGAGGCAGUUUGAGAACAUCGUUCUUGUCGCGGCAUCAACAGGAGGAUCGUUCAUUACACCGGUUCUUGAGGAUCUACUUACGACUCAAUCGCCUGGUUGUGUGCGCAAGAUUAGCGUUCUCUACAUUGUGCGUCGCAAAGCACAUGCGGAGGUGUAUCUUCAACGAAUAACCCGUGUCCUCUCACGUGCGAAAGAGAUGGGUAUAUCAGCAAAGAUCGAAGUCGCAAUAACGCGCAGCAACACUGUAUCCGAAGCAGUUCUCCGCGAUGACGCAAACGAAAGUCGUGAAAGACUAAUCGAACCCGAGACCGCACGAGGCCCUAGUGUCGAGCUGGAGCGUUUCUCAAUAGACUCCGAAGCCUCGUCAGAGAGCGGACGAGAAGAGCAACUGCUAAAAGAGGAGGUCGACAUGGAUCUUGACGGUGCGUACGCCAGUGCUAUUGAACAUACUGAGGGACGGCCUGAGAUUGCGACGUUCUUGAAGACUGCUGUUGGGGGUGUGGAGGAACUAGACAAGAUGGUACGUGGACCUCUGUCUCUCUUCAUCGUUGUUGCUGCUGUUGGAUCUGCUUCUGUUGCUUCUGCUGUUGUGGCUGUUACUGUUAAUGAGUCGAUUGGGAAGGACACGAGCCCAAUUGAAGAGGAUACUGUUGGAUAUGACGCAGGAAAAGGAAGUCGCAGUUUGGCACUGUACUUUCUCUAUGGAAAGUCUGGCGGCGCUACCAUUGAGUGUUGUGCCGAGCUGGUCUCGCCGCGCUGCUUUGAGGCCAGCAGACCCAAAGUUCCCAGGCGAAAGACCAAGAUCAACGGCGAGAACGAGUGA